AUGUGCGGUAUCGCAGCUGUACUGUUGGGCGACCCGAACGCCGCCACCGCCGCCGUCGAUCUAUACGAGAGUCUUUUCUACCUGCAACACCGAGGCCAGGAUGCUGCGGGAAUAUCCGUCUGCCACGGCGGCCGCGUCUACCAGUGCAAGGACAACGGCAUGGCGCAAAAGGUCCGAGGCGCAACCUUUUACAUCAACAGUCCCUAUGGCGUAUCCAUGUCCGUGAACGGAAACCUCAUCAACUCCGACUACCUCCGCGAGUUUCUCGAUACCGAGGCCCGCCGCCACGUCAACUCUGAAUCCGAUUCGGAGCUCCUGUUGAACAUCUUUGCCAAUGCCCUCCAUGAGCUCGGGAAGCGCAGGGUAAACAAGGAUGACAUCUUUAUUGCCCUUCGCGACGUAUACGCCAAGUGUAUCGGCGCCUUUGCCUGCACUGCCAUGGUCACCGGCUUCGGAAUCCUCGGUUUCCGUGACGCCAACGGUAUUCGACCCCUUUGCCUCGGAUCGCGACCAUCCCAAACGCUAGAGGGAGCCAAGGACUACUUCCUUGCCUCCGAGUCCAUCGCCCUAAGACAGCUGGGCUUCACCGAUAUCUACCACCUCCUUCCCGGAGAGGCCGUCUUCAUCGAAAAGGGCGGCGCCGUCCACUUCCACCAGGUCGUCGAGAGGAAAACCUACACCCCUGAUGCCUUUGAAUACGUUUAUUUCAGCCGUCCCGAUUCCAUCGUAGAUGGCAUUUCCGUACACCGUAGUCGUCAGAACAUGGGAGUCAAGCUUGCGAACAAGCUCAAGGCGACCCUUGGAGAGCAGGGCAUCAAGGAUAUCGAUGUUGUCGUUCCCGUUCCCGAGACAUCAAAUACGGCCGCGGCUGCUCUUGCGAGCGCCCUCGGCAUCGAGUUUUCGUCGGCGUUCGUCAAGAACCGAUAUGUCUACCGCACCUUCAUUCUCCCCGGCCAAGACGCGCGAAAGAAGGGCAUCCGUAGGAAGCUUUCCCCCAUCGAGUCUGAAUUCAAGGGGAAGAGCGUCUGCAUUGUAGAUGACUCCAUCGUGCGUGGAAACACGUCACGAGAAAUCGUCCAAAUGGCCAGGGAGGCUGGAGCUGUCCGCGUCAUCGUGGCUUCCUGCUCUCCAGCCAUUAUCAACCCCCACAUCUACGGCAUUGACCUUGCCGACCCUAAGGAACUUGUCGCGUACGGAAGGACCACGGAAGAGAUCGCCCAGCACAUCAACGCCGACGCCGUCAUCUUCCAAGACCUCGACGAUCUGACGGCGGCAUGCAUCGAAGCCGCCGAAGGUGAGAGCGAAAUCAAGGACUUCGAGGUUGGCGUUUUCUCCGGGAAAUACGUCACCGAAGUGCCCGAGGGCUACUUUGAACACCUCAGCAACCUACGAGGAAAGAAGGACAAGGGGAUGCUGGUUGCGAACGCGGCGCCCGUGGCCCAACCGGCAGCGCCGGAGUACGCUGAAGAUAUCAACAUUCACAACCUUGCUAGCACCGAUAAUUAG